AUGCACCAGCUCUUCCGGCUAGUUUUGGGUCAGAGAGACCUGUCCCGCGCCGGAGACCUCUUUUCUCUGGACGAUGGUGAGAUCGAGGACUCAUUGUCCCAGGCACUGGAGGAGAUCAGGAACAUCUCCUGCUCCCCCGACUACCUGACCAACGACAACGACCAGGCGGUCGUGGAGAUCUGCAUCACGCGCAUCACCACGGCCAUCCGAGAGACCCGAUCUAUAGAGAGGCACGGUGCGGCGCUGGUGGCCCUGUGGGAGUCGUGUCUGGAGCACAACCUGCAGCCGCAGGGCAAAGACGAGGACACGCCGCACGCCAAGAUCGCCUCUGACAUCACCAGCUGCAUCCUGCAGAAUUAUAACCGCGCCCCCGUGAUGGCGCUGGCCGUGCCGGUGGCCGUGCGCUUCCUGCAGCGGGGAAAUCGGGAACUGAGUCGCAACAUGUCCAGCUAUCUGAGUCUGGCUGCCAUCGCCAAGGCCGAGCUACUGGCGCAGCACACCCAGGCCAUCACCCUCAGCGUGCUGGGAGGUAACGGCAUGUUGCUCCGGGUCCUUCCCUCGAUCUAUCCUCUUGCGCCGGAUCCAAUCCACCAGCAGAUCCAGCGUCUGGUGUCCAUGAUUCCCGAUCUUGACCCGACCAGCAGGCAACACCUACUGCGACUGCUGCAGAUGAUUUCUGAGCUGCACCCACUGACGUUGGCCCCUGUGGUGCCGUCCCUGACCGCUCACCUGAGCGACGCUUCCUUGAAUGAAGUCCUGCUGUCCUCGCUGGUGGACGUGGCUCAGGUCAGCCCUGCCUCCCUCCACCCGUUCCUGCACACGCUGAGGACUGUGGGUCAGCAAACACAAGGACUGCUGGGACAUGUGGCUAAAAUCCACGGGGCCGUCGGCCUGACCAGUGAGGAUAACGCCCGUGAGGCUCUGCUGUAUCUGGCGUCUCUGCUGGCGUGUACGGAGCACAGCGUCCAUCACACCCUUCUGCAGGAGAUUCGAACCCUGACUGAGCGCUACACCACCAUCCUGGGUGAAGGAGCCAAAGACGUCUAUCGUACCAGCAACAGCUUCAGUGUCGUUGCCAGACUGCUGGGGCACAGAUUACAGGCUGAUAGCUCAACACCCUGCAGAACAAACCAGAAGCUUGAAGAGUCCAAGCCAUGUGAGGAGACCGGUCCUACAAAUCACACUACAGACCAGCAUCUUCACCAGGACAGCUGCCAUCGAGGUGUCAGUCACCAGAACCCGGCGCCACACGUCCAACGAUCACGCUGCAGCGAUCCCGACCGCAUUGAGGACGGAGACGAACCCGGCCUGGCACCCUGUCCCGAUGGUGUGGAGCACACGGGGGAUUUCGGGGAUAUCCGUGACCUUCGGGAAGACGACCGGCUGUGGAAACACCUCCGUGACAACAUGGAGAGAAUCCGGGUCUUCUGCUUCGACAUGGUCAAACGAAUCCCCGUACCUGAGCAGUGUGUUAUAGAGGAUACUCAGCAGGGCUGUGUAGCUAAGCUGUUCUUCUCAUGCCCACUGAAGGGUCACUUCUGCCUGUUUGGGAAGUCCAGCUUCUCCCUGUGCAGCCGUCAGCCUCACAUCUGGAUUCGCAUCAUGCUGCUCGCGCUGCAGAGCAGGACUAGCUGUGCGCUAAGCUGUGGAGACGUGUGUGUACAGCAGCUCAGAAGACUUUGGGAGCAGAUCCAGCUCAAGGGAGCUCAUAGUUUCGAGCUGGCUAUGACUCAAACUGCCGUACCCUAUCAAAAGGAGCUGGACGGUGUGCAGAUCCAUCUAGAGGAGGUUCGUUUCUUCGAUCUGUUCAGCUACAGCCAGGACGAGGGCGGCUGGCUUUGCUUCAUGUGCAGCAAUCCAGAGAAAGCCACAGUUGUGAAUCAGGACGGCCAGCCGCUCAUCGAGGGCCUGCUGAAGGAGAAACAAGUGCGCUGGAGGUUCAUCAAGCGCUGGAAAACACGGUACUUCACCCUGGCUGGUAACCAACUCCUCUUCAGGAAGGGCAAAUCAAACGACGAGCCGGACGCCACGACCAUCGAGCUGAGCAAAGUGCAGAGCGUGAAGGCGGUGGCGAGAAAGAAGCGAGAGCGCGGCCUGCCCCGAGCCUUCGAGAUCUUCACCGAGAGCAAGACGUACGUCCUGAAGGCGCCGGAUGAGAAGCACGCCGAGGAAUGGCUUCAGUACAUCAGCGUGGCCGUGGCUCAGGCCAGAGAGAGGGAGAACCGUGAGGCUACGACCUACCUGUGAGAGACGCCAUCGCAGCAAGACGUCAUGCUCGGGUGUCGUGAUGACCACGUCUGACUGAGCUUAGUUCAGAUGCUUGAAAUGGAGAAGCACAGGCUGUUUCUUACACUGGCUUCAGAUCCAUGAAGGAAAGGUUGCUCUACACCGCCUGAUGAUUUACCUGAAUAAUGAUUAAAAACACCAGUUUUACUGAGACGCUCUCCAGAACCGAUGUGAAGAAAGAUCUUCUAUAGCACUUAUGCAUAUCUGGUUGGAAGUCCAGAAAAGCAAGUAUUCACUUCAACAGAACAUUCAUUCAUUCAUUCAUUGUCUGUUUUACCACCGCUUUAUCCUGGUUCCGGUGGGUCAUAUUCACUAGGCGAAAGGCAGGAAACACCCCUGACAGGUCGCCAGUCCAUCACAGGACAAACACAUACCUAGGGGGACUUUAGUAUCUCCAGUUAACUUGACUGCAUGUCUUUGGACUGUGUGAGGAAACAUGCAAACUCCAUACAGAAAGGACCUGGACUGCUACACCUGGGAAUCGAACCCAGGACCUUCUUGCUGUGAGGUCUAAUAGAACAACGUUCCAACAUUGAGUUUUAUUUACCACCUGUAGUAAGGUGUUUAAAUUAAGUUCAUUUUACAGUCUUUAUUUUAAUAUGACAAGUAAAAUUCAUGCAAGUACAAAG